AUGACGUCUAAGGUCGAAUACUUGCGGCGCUAUCUGUCCAGCGCUAGCAGCGACGCUGUGGAUGGAGAGAAGAAAAAGAAGAAGAGGAAGAAGGUCAGACAUUCAAAGGAUGCGACGAGGGGCACGCACGUGGUGGAUGCUGAUGACGCGUGGGAAUCAUCGGCUCCUCAUCGAGACAAGAUUGAGAGGAAGUGGGAACUCGAUGCUGUCGAAGAUGAGCUGCCGCUGGUUGUAGCUUUGGUCGGAGACGAGGAUCCCGUGGAUGCUCAGGAUCUGCCGGUUUACGUGGAUUCGGGCAAGUACUUGGACGACUAUCAGGGGAAGAAGAAGGCUGAGAAGCAGGUGGAUGACGGUGAUUUGUCGCCACCUCGUAAAAAAGGAGGCGAAGGACGUCGGAGAAAUGACGAGAGCGACGAUGAGAUACCGCCAGUCAGAAAAUCAAAGAAGAAGGACGGUGCUUCGCCAAGAUAUCGCUCUGGUGAUGACUUUGUGACGUCUGAACUAGAGAGAGGAGCUUUUCGUGACGAGAGUGUAGAGAACGUAUCGCUUCGAACGAAAGCGAGGUCUAAGCAGAGUUCGAAAAGCAAAGAAGAGGUAGAAGAUGCCUCACCGCCACGGCGGUCUACGCGGGUGAAGCGGGAUGAUGAUGCUUCACCACCACGUCGUAGAAGAAGAUCCAGUACGCUGCUGCGGCGCAGUCGCGACGAUGAUGAGGAAGAACAAGGCAGAAAACAUUACAACCGAGAUGACGACGGAGAGAGCAAAGCUGAGUCUUCGAGAACCCGGAAUUCUAGCGUCGAGAAGACGACAAAAAAUGCCUUACUUCCGAAAGAGUCGCACCAUAUUGAUGAAGGAUUGAAGCGGGAUGAACAAAAGCGCCGACAUUUGCCAUCUUCGUCGCCUAGUGCGCCUGAUCGGCAGCGUCGUGUAGAUUCACUUGGCCGAGACAUCCCUCCUCGCAGUGACCGUGAUUCGAUCUCCAGGGAUAAUGACGCUUCCAGCAAGUGUCACAAGAACAACACUACUAACAGACGAAGCAGAAGCCAAAAUCGAGGCCGUGUCAGUGACCAUUAUCGUAAACGUGAUAGUGACCGGGACCAGAGUGCACACACUUCUCGUCCAAGGAGAAAGUCUCGAAGCCGUAGUCGAUUGCCACGUGCGCGUCAUCAUCGUGACAGUCGCUCCCCAUCGGUACGCGUUGCACGCUCACCUGAAAGAGUAAAGAGGCUGGACUCGCAUGGACGAAAUGGGAGACAUCACUCGCAAUCUAUGGAUCGCUCUCAUUCGCGAUCGCGAGGAUCGAAGCAACGAUCGACACAGCAUGUGUCAGUAGCCGCAAGGGAAAAGAAGUUGUCGGACGAGCACAAUGGUCGUACAGGUUCGCGUACGGGUAAUAUCACAUCACCUACUCCUGAUGGUGCCAAGAGCGCAUCGCGCAAAGUUACUAGCCACUCGAACGAAAAGAAGGAAUCUCAAGUCGAGUCGCUCAAUGAAAAGGAAGUGAAGCGAGCGGGUCUGUUCACUGCUGCUGAAUUCGAUCGUCAACGUGAGAUUGCUGCAAAACUGAAGGACAGUCUGCAUGCUGCUGAUGCCUCCGAGAUGGGUGCCAACGCCGAGACGGUGUACCGUGACAAGCGCGGUCGCAAACUGGACAUGCUGAACGAGAUCGUCCGGCAACAGGAAGUCUUGGAUGGCAAACGCAAGCGUGAGGAGCGCGAAGAGUAUGAGUGGGGCACGGGUGAAGUUCAGAAGCGAGAGCGGAAGUCGAAGCAGGAGCUGGUCGAGCAGAUGAAAAAGACUCCGUUCGCCCGCCAUGAAGACGAUGAAGAGCUUGAGCGCAAGCGCCGGGAACGGGUGCGUGCUUUUGAUCCCAUGCACAGUAAGAUUUUCCAGGAAAACUCGUUGAAUACGCAUACAGCUGCAAAAGCAAAGAAAAGCAAAAUGGGCACGAAGAAGGCGAUCAAGGUCAAGCCGAAAUACACAGGUCCACCAGCUCCACCCAACCGCUUUGGGAUCGUGCCAGGCUAUCGUUGGGACGGCGUUGUACGUGGUACGAAUUGGGAAGAGAAGAUAAUGAUGCGGCAGAAUGCGAAUGCAGCAGGGAGGCGAAGAAGCUUACAGGUAUGCAGUUGCUGA